CCUCCAGCCAAGAAGCCGCGCGCCUCGACCAAGAAGACCGCUUCGGUGCCAGGCAAGUGCGGGAUGACGAAGAAGGAGCUUGGGGAUGCUAUCCAGAGCGGCCUAAAGAUUGAGAAGUACGAAGCGCAGCGGACGAUGGUGCAGACCACCAUGGACGCCGAGUUCUUCCGCGCGUUCUUUGGCGUCCCAGGCGUGAAGCUGUCGCCUUCGACCUUCGACGAGACUACGCCUGUUGUUGUGGCGGAGUUCGGUGGCAAGGCGGGCGGCGAGAUCUUUGGCGUGUCUAAAUCAAGUACAGGCGGCAACCGCUACGUAACGAACCACGUCCGCCGCAUUGCGGCGAUCCUGUAUCCUGCUGAGGAGAGAUUCGUGAUGUUCUUCUCCAUUUAG